ACCGCCACCCGUGCGUCGUCGUACUAAAAUGUGACUCGGGGUAGCACACCGGGGUAGUCGUGCGAGAGUGUAGAAAGAUUAGCCGUCUGCGCCGGGAGUAUUACUCGUUAGUUUUAGGCAAGUAAAAAUAACAUAGUGAGUAAGAUCGCGUCAGGGGGUGAGUGCAACGGGGUCUCCGCCGUGAGAAAGAAAGAAGAGAGAGGGAGAGAGGGGAGCAGCAUCAGGGAGGAAAAUCAACCGACGAGACGGACGAACACGGGGGUGGCCGGGUGAGAUCAGACGCGCUCGAUCGCCGGCCCAGUGAUCGUGCGAACGCGCCGACAGCCGUGAUACCGUUACGAGGGUUGGUUACGGGGACCGUCGUUGCGAACGAAUACAUAUCAUUUUAUCCUAGUUGCACAGAGUCGAAGAGAGACAGAAAUAGAGAAAAGUAUAGAGAGAAAGAGAUACCUAGAUAGAUAGAUAGAGGGUGAGUGAGAGAGUGAGGAAUCGGUGGUGAAAGGGCGAAGAGCAGUUUGAGAGGAAGAACGACGCGAUCAGCGAACGUCGUCGCGUGUGCUCGACAAGGGUGUACAUGGAGAAGGAGAGAGAGAGACAGAGACAGAAGAGAAAGCGCCGCGAGUCCCGUUGAGAAAGAGAGAUGCAUCUAUACAAAGAUACAUAUAAAAAUAUAUAGCCGCAUAUAUAUAUAUGUAUACAUGUAUACACGUGUGAGUGUACUUGGCUUGAGGAUCGUCGUCGUCUCGUUAUCGUCGCCGUCGUCGUCGUCGUCGUGAACGCGUCCCGUCCCGGCCCGGAGGUUCGGGAUAGCGAGGAUCGCCCGAGGGAGUUCCGGAAGUGACUGACGGGGUCCCACGAGACGCGACAGGAAUUUCACACCCUCCUCCUCGCGGAUGAUCACUCGCGAGCGGAUACGCGUCGUCUUCGUCGUCAUCGCCGUCGCCGUCAUCAUACCAUCCGUCGUGCAUAUCUUUCCUCGUGAACUGUGAUUCUUUGUGCCGUUCGUGUCGAGGGGGUGGAACAGUGAUCCGCAACGCGACGGGGUAGAUAAAUGACAAGAAAGAUGAAGCUUGACCUGGACCGGGAGAAGGGCCUCGAGCUCUUCGCCAAGCUGAUACGUACAAAGAACGUCGAAAGUCUGCAGGGCGACCAGCCCAAAACCGGUCCCGAGCCACUUCAUCCAGCCGACUCCAAGCAGAAAUUACAGAAGUGCCUGACGACUCUGGACCUGACGUCUUUAGGAGUUGGCUCCUGCGUCGGGACAGGGAUGUACCUUGUCGCAGGAAUGGUGGCGCGCAGCGUUGCCGGACCUGGUGUCGUCAUCUCAUUCAUUAUCGCAGCCAUUGCUUCCAUUUUUUCCGGGGCGUGUUACGCCGAGUUUGGAGUACGAGUGCCUCAUACGACCGGCAGCGCUUAUAUGUACAGUUACGUGACAGUAGGCGAGUUAAUAGCAUUCAUUAUUGGAUGGAACAUGGUGCUGGAGUACCUUAUAGGUACGAGUGCGUGUGCGUGCGCCCUUAGCGCCUGCCUGGACGCGUUGGCGAACGGUGCUAUUUCCGGGGCGGUAGCCAACAGCGUUGGCACCAUACUUGGACGGCCGCCAGACUUUAUCGCGUUCGUCAUUACGAUAUUCAUGAUGCUGCUGAUGGCGGCGGGCGUAAAAAAGUCCCUGGUGUUCAACAACGUGUUGAACGCCAUCAACCUCGCCGUCUGGGUCUUCGUUAUGGCGGCGGGCAUGUUUUACGUGGAUUCCGAGAACUGGUCCGAGCAUAAGGGUUUCCUCCCCUACGGUUGGAGCGGGGUGUUCACCGGUGCGGCGACGUGCUUCUACGCCUUCAUCGGCUUCGACAUAAUAGCCACCACCGGCGAGGAGGCGACGAAUCCGAAGAAGAGCAUCCCCCUCGCCAUUGUCUCGUCCUUGAUCAUCAUCCUCAUCGCUUACGUCACCAGCAGCAUGGUGCUGACACUGAUUGUUCCUUACGACCAGGUCGACCAGGAUUCGGCGUUGGUGGAGAUGUUCGGCCAGGUCGGAGCAUAUAAAUGCAAAUACAUUGUCGCCAUCGGUGCACUGGCAGGCCUGACGGUCUCCAUGUUCGGCAGUAUGUUUCCGAUGCCUAGGAUAGUCUAUGCGAUGGCUCAGGAUGGCCUUAUAUUCCGGAAGCUCAGCCAAGUCUGGCCGGCGACGGGCACCCCCGCAGUUGCGACUCUAACUUCCGGCAUAUGCGCCGCUUUUGCCGCGCUGCUGAUCCAGUUGGAAGUGUUGGUGGAGAUGAUGUCGAUCGGUACCCUGCUCGCGUACACCCUGGUGUCCACCUGUGUGCUGAUACUGCGGUACCAACCGCACUCGACGAACCUGGUGGAGCUGCUGCCGCAGAGCCUCCGAACACCCUGUCGAUCACCGACGAAGGAGACGCAGGGUAACGGGCAAGUGACCUAUGGCAAGGAGCUUAGGCCUGAUCAGCUUACGACCGCGUUGAACUCGGUCCAGACGUCCCAGCCGGAGAUCACAGCCACCAACAAUGGACAGCGCAUCACGGUACGGAGGGUGAGGAGAUGCAACAGCUCGUCGCCGGAUUCGGACGACACGUACGGGGGUGAGGAGGACGAAGUGGGGCUGGGCAAGGAUGAUCAGUAUCUUGUCAGCGACAGGACGGAGAACAAGUUCUAUGGCAGCGUGCACGCGGCUGCGGCCGCCUCGAGUUGCGGUAGCGCUCAUCAGUAUCCCGGAAACACGCCAAUUAUAGGACCGCCGUUGAAUUAUCUGCAGCGCCGGCUGCAGGCGGCGCAAUAUCUUUGUCCUGCUAUAUUCCCGUGGGUGGACAGAGGUCCUGCAACAGAGGCGUCAGGACGUUACGUCAUGAAGCUUGUUGGAAUCUUGUAUGGCUUGAUCGUUAUUUUUGACCUGAUCAUCGUUUGUGGGAUGGGUAACAUGGGGACGUUCACAACGAUAUUACUCUUCCUCUUUCUCUUUGCUAUAAUCGGUGUGCUUCUCGCCAUUAGUAGAAAACCGCAAAAUAGGAAUACUUCAAUAAUGUUCAUGACUCCAGGCUUACCCUUCGUCCCCGCGAUUGCCGUUACCGUCAAUAUCUAUCUCAUCUUCAAGCUCAGCAUCCUCACUCUGGUCAGAUUCACGGUCUGGAUGAUUAUCGGUUUCAUCGUGUACUUCAACUACGGCAUCAAACACAGUAGCCUGGAGGAGAACGGGUCGGAGAACGUGGACGACGUGAUCGUGGGUGGUACGGCGGGUAACAUCGAGCUGACCGUGACCGACCACCAGCGACAGCAGGCCCAGCAGAAGCAACAUGCGACGCCGGACCGCAGCAUUUACGAGGGCCAGCAGUUGGACGCGUUCGGCCAGCCAGUAUUUGGCAGUACGAACUUCGGUGGCACGCCUAAUCAGCACUUCAGCGUCGGCGGUCACCAGCAACAGCAGCAUCCCAGGCAAGCGUCGGCAACUGCGAGCGGCAACCAGACCGCAUCAACGACGUCCAAGAACCUGUUCGUCGCUCAGGAGAGCUUCCCUACCUGGGACGAUUGAGGAGCGCCGCGCGCGGCAUCGAGCGAGAAUAUUAAUGUAUACAUAAAACACGAAUAGAGAUAUUAACUAACUGCAGCGCCUCUGUGGACGGCACAGCGGCCGCGGACGGAUGAUGAUCAUCGGUGAAACCGGAUCCUUCGGAGACCGCGAUGAUUCUCGGCUCGGGCCUUGGGGAUUGUAGCCCCUUUUGGACCGCGAGCGGACGAUCGGAGCCGCUUAACGCAGCACCUUAAGAAUUUCUCGGGAAUUUCUUGCUAGUCCUGAUCUAGCGGAUCGGUCGAUCCGAAAAGUGAGAUCGGAGAAGGCUCGGGCACCUCUGACGGUUUCGCGUUGCUUGCAUAGAUGCGCCAAAGCCCGCGCCAAUAUUUUUGUAAUCGCGCUCCUAUCGAUGCUCGACAUUUGGUUCUUUGAGCGAGUUUAUCGCGCGCGCUUCUCACUUUCGGCUGCAUUUCGCGUUUAUUUUCACGGGUUUGCGCAAGUAGAUCGGAACAGAUCGGUCGUUCCGAAAGCGCCGUUAAGAUGCUCGGUCGUUCGUUCGAAAGUAGCAUCAUAAAAGAGGUGGUGCGCGGGGUUCGCGUUCUCCGGGGAUCAAACUUGUUGACUACUACUUGGGACGAAUGUAGCAAAUAAUUUUGCGGCAAUAUUUAUUAUCCUAGUUGUAUAGUACCGUCGUUGACGAGAUCGCUGACAAACAAACAGUUGAUGACGAGCUGAGUGGAUGAGAAAGGGAAUGGAACGAGGAGUUGAAGGAGAGAGGCGCUAAAGGGAUGACGAUGGAUGCAUGGAGGAGAAGCGGAUUGACGGAAGGGAUAGAACAAGGGGAGAGGAAACAGGGAGAAAGAUGAAGAGACCAUUAACAUUAAUAGCGUAAGGCGAAACUUGUGUUUUCCAAGAGAGCGUUCUAACUGCUAAUAUAAGUUCAAAUUUGUCGCUAGUCCAUGAAUGGGAAACGAGUGCGAGACCGGAAUGACAGUGUCGUCGGUAUGAAAGGGUGAGCGAAGAGCACCAAGUGUGAGAGAAAGAUGGUGGAAAAGGGCUAAACGGGAUAAAGCGGGAGAAGACGGGAGAUGGUGUGCCUGAGAGAGAUUAACGAAGAAGAGAGCGUGUCCGUGAGCGAGUCCGUAUAGAAGAGAAAUUUAAUGAAAAAAAAGAAAUGUCAUCUUGCCUAACUUUAGUCUUUCCCGAAGAAGAGAGAGAGAAAAAAGGAAGUUUAGUCUAACAUAUCAUAAUCGUAUACCUAAGCUUACUACAAUACUUACAUACGUCUUACCUCGAGUAAAUUCUUUGAUUAUUAAUUUACACACAAUUUGUAUAAAUUGUCUAGGAUUUAAGCGCGCGUCGUCCCCCGACAGACAAAGGAUCGGAGCUCGCUCCCAUGAUUGGCUGGAUCCGAGGACGGCUCGUGGUGAGAGAAACAGGGAAACGGACGUAUCCAAAAGAAUCAACGGGAAUUGUUUUAAUUUAUCGAAUUUAAAUUGACAAAUAAUUUCAGCUCUACUAUUACGUGUCUUUAGCACUAUUCAUUUCAUUCUUGGAAAACAAGCCUCCCAGUCGUUGUGAGAUCAAAAUUAAUUCCAAAAAAGUUAAAGGGAUAGAACAGAGGAACCUUGAAAGUCGAUUCUUUUCAUGAGCUGAAGAGACCCUUUAACGCGUCUCUCUUUCUCUCUCUAGCGUGAACGAAUCCAUCCCGAUCACCUCUCGAUGCGUCCGUUCCUCUCGGGAGUGAUCAGCCGGCUGCGGGGGAGGACGAGGCGAGAUAAGAUUUCAUUUUCGUGUACAUAUCUUCGGUGUUUCAAGACAAACCGUUUCUCCGUACGUACAUGCACAAGUCCGUUGUGCUUCUCUGUCCGCUAGUGUGUUCCGCGCGAUGAAUCGAGGAUAGCCUUCGAUACUCCCGAGAAUUAAGGUCGGGAAGAUGCGUGCCCGUGUCUCCGACCCGAGCGAAUGCGUAACUGCGUGCGCGAUUAUUUAUUUACACCACGAGAGGGGUGCUUUAAUUAACUCCAGACAGUGAUGGUACCAAACUACGUGAUACAUCGUGUAAGCUGUGCGAUCGUUCUCCAUCCGUUAAGCAUUUGCAUCCCUCGCCGUUCACGGCCUUUGACUCGCACUCGUGUCAUCGAAUUGGUGAUCCUUGCAAGAGGCAAUUCACGCGCCAAGUAUGAUAAAUCACCGAUCUGGUCUCCAGGAAAACGCGCGCACUGCGGAAAGUCGGAGGUGCCUAUCGACCCGCGAUAUUGCGAAACAAUCGGCCGUCAGGAAUUCAUCGCAGCGGUGAAGCAUGUAUGCCUGCGCGUGACUCGAGCUCGAAGACAAAGGCAUUGUCCGAACCCGGAUUGUUGUCUGAAUCUUCAUCCUGAACUUGAGCUAGAAGCAACGUUGAACUUGCGCUUAUUUCGAUCUUUCUUGUAGUGAAUUGCUAGAGAAACCGGACCCAGCUCGCAACGGAGACACGCGUCGCGCAUACUAUUCAGCAUUCGAUCGUGCAUCUUCCAGAAGAGCGUCGGCGGCGUCGCCGGCCGCUCGCGCGGGCGAGUCCGUUGGCGGGUACGACGGCCGCCUGUUGAUCGCUUUCGCGAAACUGCAUUUCUUCUCGUGUCUGUAUUUACUUUCGUCCAGCUGCUCCGCCACUUUACCACUUCGUUAGGACGCGUCGUCCGGCCGUGUGCGGAAAUCGCCCCGCGGCUCUCGAGUCGUCCGACACCCCGUGUCCCUUUCUCACGUAGACUAAAUUUGAUAGCGAGGUGAUGAUGACAGCAGGAGGGAUCGCGGUGCGAACGGUCACUUCUCUGAUAUCGUGAGGAAACGAUUGGGGAUAAAUUGUUGCUGCUAUUCUCGAUUCCUGAUAAAUUGGAAAAUUGAAUCGUUAAGUGAUCGAAUAAUUGCUCGUUGUUGCGAGCACGCGCGAUGAUUGAUAUCGUUCUGGAAUAAAGUUUUAAUCGAGCGACCAAGUCACAUCUCUGAGAGUUGCGGUAUGGAUUAGAUUAUGGUCGAUAAAAUAUUAGAUUUAAUAAUGAUCAAUCAAUCGAUAAUUAUCAGAGCGAGAUAUUACGUAGUGAUUGAGAGAAAUGAAUGCAAACGAUAGAAAGAAAUUAUUUCGCCAGGCAAAUAAAGAUUUAACGUUUGCGAUAUGUUUCUGUCGCUAAGUAACAUUUUUUUUAUAAUCGAAAAUUGUUGUUAUAUCCUAUUGCAUGCACAAGAUCGCACACGAUAGAUCAGAUUCGAUCGUUCGCCCUCGUUUCCCUCCCGCGCGUUUCGUUUUGCCGCACCGGAAACGCUCCGAUUAUCUCGCGAGGGAAAAAGAAAAAAAUAUAUAUACAUAUACACAUUUAUAUAUGUAUACAUAUACUCUUUGUGAUCGAAAUUGUAGAUCUCUAACGGCGUCGGUUGAGCGUCGCUCAUCGUUUCGUACGUUUCGGGCGUAAAAUAGAUUCGAGGAUCAAAAGGGGAGAUACUCGACACGCUACAGGGGCAGGUCGAGCAGGUCGCGUCUCGCUGUUUUAUUCUCUACAUAUCGAUCAGUGAUCUUUUCACAUAUCAGUCACGUAUCUUGCGGGAAAGUCGCGGAACGUCGCGUGAUAGUUAGUCGCAACGUACUUAUGUACGUUGAUUAACGACGUUCCGAUAUACGUAAGAUACUUUCUAUACACGAGAUUGUUCGAUUUUUUAAAUACGUGACGGUGAUAUAUAUACAUACGUAUAGGGGGUGGCUGCAAGCUUCGCGUCUCUGCUCGGGAUUUUGAGCUCGAUUCCAAGUCGAUUCUCUGAAGACUCUGAAGAGGAGCGUACAUUCUCUCUUGCUGUUCGUUCCUAAAUUUAUCCGAGACUUUUUGAAUGGGCUAUUUAAAUGUUUAUCUCCGGAUAAGAUUACAACUCAACUAUCAGGAAUACUUGAUAAUACUCAAAGACUGUGGCAAAGACGUUGCGUCCAAUUAGACUUUCGUUAAAUGAGGACAGUCGACUUUGAAUCAGAUCCAGUCUGAUUCUACCAGAUUCUGGAGCGGAGACGCGAAUCUCGCGUUUGCGAUGUAAUUCGCAAUGCAUAUGUUCCUUUUCUUUUCAUGUUGAUCCUUUAUUCCUGUAACAAUGCCGCGGAUAUCUUAAGGAGCGUCUUUAAUUGCACUGAGUCUACGUCACCGUGAUACCAUCGUGAAAAUUUGACUCCUACAAUUUAUCUUAUGAAUUUCUUAUAAGAACAUCUCCUCGGAACCACUCGAAAGACCACAAAUUUGCCGUUAAUAUAUUGCGAAUUAAGAAGCAUUUCUGAGCAAUUUUGAGAAUAUCUAAUCAGCGUGAACAAAGGACGAUGAAAUUGGACGCGUCAGCGUUUUUCAUCCACGGUGACGUAAUUUUCAAUUCUCGCGAUUUUCGAGUAAUCAGGUUUACAAGACUUUAGAUAUCCGCAAGUAUUAGAUGUAUGCAAAACUUUUAAUCAUUUUCUGCAUGUCUUUGCUUUAGGUGCGUAUGAAAUACAAUACAGCGAUCGAAAAAUUUGUCCUAGUUUUUUAUAAUUUUUCAGGCAAAGAAACUCUAAAGUUCUUUGCAAAAAACUUUUUUUCGUAUCUCAGCCAUAUAAAAAUACUAUCCAGUUAAAAAGUACUGCAUCAAUUAAAAUAAGUGGUAAUCUGAAGGCGCCAAGGUGGGUGAAUACGCUGUGUGACGCGGACAAAUUUUCCAGCUCAAAUCUAAAAUGAUCUGUCGAAUACGAAAAGCAUACAUUGCUCAUCGCGUUUACAAUUAUUUUUCGAAGUUAUGUUUAUCGUUAAAUCAUGAUGUAUGACGUUUUACAAUCUUUGAUGCCAACUCACCAAAAACGUAAAAAAGCGAGAAUUUAUUUGAAGUUUAAAUAAUACCGGAGCGCUGAAGAAGAAGACUAAACCUUCUGCAUACACCUAAUACAUACAUAUACGGGAGUUUAUUCUGUGAAAGAACAGUGCCUGUACACAUCUCUCCAGACGUUAGACGAGACGUAGACAUCCCUUCUUCGAAACGGGCGAGAAACUGCACCAAGACUGCUAGAGCAAAGCGAGUGAAGAAGAAGUUAUGUCGCGCUGUCGUGAAAAGAAAGAUCGAUUCGAUCUCGUUGAUGAUAAUGAUGUCCUUGAUCAGUGACGCGAGUUGGUUUCCUGAUCGAAACGCGAAUAGUUGAUCGUCGUGAAUCUUAAUGUCGUGGCGAACAAAUUGAAUCAGCGAUUUCGUAAGAGACGUACUACUAAUUAAGCUGCAAAGUUAAUCUUUUUCUCCGAAUGUUUCUCAAUUAAUCGAUAAUGAAACGGCAUAGCUCCUUCAUACUCUUCAGCUCGUCGAUUCAAGUAUGCUACAGCUAUACGAGCGACGUUGUGUGUAUGUGUGCGCGCGUGAGUGUGGAAUUUCUUGGGAUCACGAUGCUCUCAGAGAUCAUGUAUCCUGAGAAGAAGGAAGUUGGAUUACGAGUGCGAGAUCAACGAAAGGAGCGACGAGACCGACAGGAACGCGGCAUUUUACUCUCUUUGCUCUUUUAGUUAGUCCUUCGAAUUCUUAGAUAGGAAGCAGGAAAUGGCCUAUCGCGCAGGAUGACAACGCCGGUCGACGUACAAACUGUAGAGCAGAGUUUAAGUUAAGUCGAGAAGACGCGAGAGAAGAAUCUUUGAUGUUAUUCAGAGACGAAAGAGAGACUUUGAAGCGACUCGAAACUCGAAACGUCGUGCAAGUCGAGAAACUAUAAGCAAUUCUCUCGAGGAAUUAACAAACCAAAGGCUCAGAAUGUCUCUCGAACGUUUCUGCGAGACGUAUGAACGACGUACAAGUUUAAUUUGAUAAAGCAUAUUAUAGCAAAAUUACCAGAUCUCGUGUCACGUGUACCUCGAACUCGCAGUGAUCUGCUGCGGAAUUUCUUGAUAAUUUAGAUGAACAUAAAUUGAAAGUAUUAAAGCUACGACACAUGAAAGAGUAUCGCGCCAAUGAAGGAAAAUGACGAGAUUGUCUAAUUCGAGACACGCGUCUCCGUAAAGCGAAAGGCGACGUGAAUAUUAUUGAAUAUCAAGUGACAGAAGAGUUGCUUUUGCGUCGAGUCGAGUCUUUUCUCAAUUGAACGGCAGAUUAAUAUAAUAAAUUGUGCUUUCUAGCUUUUUAUAAUAUAUAAUUUUAAUUCUUAACAAUUAAUUGUUUUUCUCCAUUGGAACGCGAUAUAAUAAGCAAUCAGAGAUGAAGGAAGAGAAUUUUUGUCCUCGAGUUGCAAUGGCGAGUAUACGGGACUGUGGAUUGUACUAGUGGUAAUUAAAUUAAUCGGUAGCAACUUUUGUCUCCUACAUAAGUAAAGCACAGAAGCGUGGAGCUAUAAGGCACGUCGCAUAUUUUACGUUUCGCUUAUGUAAAACGUGAGACUCCGCGAAACGGAUCGAUUCGAGUACAAGAGUGCAUCGUUCCUGCGUCGCCGAUCGAUCGCGCUCACGCGGACGCGAGAAAAUCCGAGAUCGCGAUCGGAUAAGGAGGGUGGAGGACACCUACGUACGUUUCUGGAAGCGGAAAUGCAAGAGCAUUUUCCGAACAUCCGCAAUGAUACCACGAGGAAAUAUCCAGGCAUAGGAAAGUAAAAAAUUGAUCUCUUGUCCUCAACGGAAGCAGAGAGAAAGAGAGCGAGAGUGGGAGAGAGAAAGAGAGAGAGAGAGAGAGAGCAUAAGGGUGUGAGUGAUGUAUGUACUCGACGAUAUACUUUUUUUUCUCUCGGGACGGUCGGGUGGAGGGCACUCGAGGUAUCUCGGGAAGAUAUAUGCGCACGAGAAGGACAGAAUUUUCCAUGUAAUAUAUAUACCCUUACGUAACUAUAUACGUUGUUUAAUAUUGAUAAGGAUCAAAAAUAAAAGUGAUUAUUCAAAAGCUAAA